AUGUCACCAUCUGGAGCUUCCAGUAGCUCCCGCCGCUUCUUGCGGCCCAAGCUGCGCCAGGCAACCUUUGUCCUCCCAAAAACCGGUCAGCGCCUCAAAGGCCUCGUGAAUCUGCGCAAUCCCACCGAGAGACCAACAGUACCCGACGAAAAUAAUCAUGAGGAAUUGCGCGGCUUACUCUCCGGCGAAAUUGAGACUCAUCGUGAUGGAUUCGCUACACAAAUCUCCGCGCGGGCACGAGAGCUGUGGGCGGGAUUUUAUGAGUUCAUUAUCUCCGAACAAGGCAUUGGAAUUUUGAAGUGCAGUCUGGCAUAUUUACUCGGCUCGAUGGCGACAUUUAUUCCGAUCAUUUCUACCUACCUCGGCCAUCAGGAUGGAAAGCAUAUGGUGGCUACCGUGACAGUAUACUUCCACCCAGCGAGAACCAUAGGAAGCAUGUACCGCGCAUUAGUUUGCGCCCUGCUUGCGUUUUGUUAUUCUGCCUUUCUUUCAAUCACGAGUAUGCUGCUUGAAAACCUCUUCCAGGACACACUGAAUCUGCCGGUGCUUGGCCAUGCUUUGGUCUUGAUUAUUUUCGUUGGUGGAGGACUCGGAUUUGUCGGGUGGACUAAACAACGGCUCGGUGAUCCCUUGGUAAACGUCGCCUGCUCGCUUACGGCGCUGUCAACCAUCACUGUUCUGACAAAAGAAGGCGCCGUCCAGAGUGGCGAUCUCUCCCUGGAGAAGAUCUCUCAGGUUUUGAAGAUGGUCAUCAUGGGUGUCGUCCUGGCUAUGGCGGUAUCGUUUCUGAUAGUUCCCAUCUCAGCACGGAAAAAGCUUCGUUCCAAUCUGGUCAUAGCCACGGAUACAUUAGCGACCAUGCUAGCUAUCAUGACAGAUGCUUUCUUAAGCGGAUCCGAAGAAGAGUUGACAGUGGCGGAAUUCAUUAAUGCGGAAACAAUGCAUCGCAAGGCCUACUCCCAACUGGAUAAAUUGAUUCGAGAGGCCAAAUUAGAGCAUUUCGUGGGAGGUACCGAAAAGGAAUACCGGCUCGAGAAGAAGCUUGUCCGCUGGGUGCAGGACAUCACUCAUAACAUGGGAGGAUUGCGCAGUGCCGCAGAGCUUCAAUUCAGUCUGAUUCGGGAGACCAUUUCUCGGGAAUCUGGCUCAAGCGGACUUCCUACUCCAUAUGCCGACUAUGUUGCAUCUCUUGAGCGCUCAUGGUCUUUUCCAGAUGGGUCCUUCCUGGAACCGAUAGAUGAACGCCCCGAGGAGGAAUUAUCGCCAGGUGGAAGCUAUAAUGCUGCACCACAGCAAGGAAAGGAUGCAUCUCUUCUUCCUGCUGACGUGUUCACCAUUUUUAUCUCCCACCUUGGUCCUUCCAUGCGGUCAUUGACGUUUACCAUGAAGGAAAUCUUCAACGAAAUCCCAUUCGGUCCAGCUCCAAACUACAAGGUCUCGGUGAACAAUCGACUCCAUACCAGUCUGGAUCGUGCUCUUGAACUUUACCGAGAGUCACGACAAAAGACCCUCAAGUCGCUUUACGAACAAACAGAAGAGAUGAAGUUGCGAAGCCCUGAAGCCGAAGCGGACUUGGAAGAAGUAUCAGCUAGCUGCGGUCAUUUUAGUUUCUCACUUCUGGAAUUUGGAGAGCAGCUCCAUGAGCUCCUAGCCAUCUUGGACGAGCUGCAGCUAGAAACCGAAGAAAGACCGAAUGGUAGAUCUUGGUCUUGGAUGAAGUUCUGGCGUGUUGGAAACAAAAGCGCUGAUGCAGAACUAUCUAGCGGUGCAGAGAGUUAUCGACACAUGCAGCUUUCACGCAAUAUGGAUUCAGAGGACAGGUUAACGGCCGCAUUGAGGUCUCGUUUACGGCCAAAUAGGGAGAGCACUGUCAAGGAGAGAGUGGGCUAUCGGCUUUGGAAAUCGCUCGAAUUCUUCCGAAGGGAUGACACCAAAUAUGCGAUCAAGGUUGGUGCCGGUGCGGCCCUUUACGCCUUGCCUGCUUUUCUUCCUUCUGCUCGGCCAUUCUAUCAGCACUGGAGAGGGGAAUGGGGUUUGCUAUCUUAUAUGCUGGUUUGUUCCAUGACAAUCGGUGCUUCCAACACGACAGGUUACGCUCGUUUUUUAGGUACUUGUCUUGGGGCCGGAUGUGCCAUUCUUGCCUGGUAUUCCACCGGUGGCAAUGUCUUUGGGCUUGCAUUUGUCGGAUGGUGUAUGGCCACCUGGACAGCCUGGAUCACCAUUGUUCGUGGUAAUGGGCCCAUGGGACGGUUUAUCAUGCUUACCUACAACCUAUCUGUACUUUACGCGUACUCACUCUCACAGAAAGAUGCGGAUGGCCGUAACGACGAAGGAGGCCAAACCCCAAUCAUUACUGAAAUUGCCCUUCACCGAGUCGUUGCAGUGUUGUCUGGUUGCAUUUGGGGUAUCAUCAUCACCCGCUUCAUUUGGCCCAUCAGUGCCAGAAGCCGAUUGAAGGAUGGCCUUAGUAUUCUCUGGUUGAGGCUGGGUCUUGUCUGGAAGCGUGACCCGCUAUCGGCCAUGGCCAGAAAUGGUCGAUCCAUUGUAUACAUGACUGCCCGGGAGAGACUUGAGCUUGAACGAUAUCUCACUCGUCUUGAAUCCCUUCUGGCUGCCGCACGGUCCGAGUAUGAGCUGCGGUGUGCAUUUGAUGAUGUCCCAUAUGCCAGUAUAAUUCGGCGCACCCGAAACAUGGCGAACGCAUUCCAUGCCAUGAACCUGGAAUUGAUGAAAAGUGACACUGCCACGGCGGGCGAGAUCUGUCUACUUCAGUAUACAGCGGUCGAACGGCAGCAGCUCUCUGCUCGCAUCAGUCACCUCCUAACGGUGAUGGCAUCUUCCAUGAAGCUCGAAUACCCGUUGAGCGAUGUCCUACCUAGUAUCGACCAUGCACGCGACCGGCUGCUGGCUCGUAUCUAUCGCUACCGUCAAGAUCAUGAAGCUUCUAAACUGACCACAGAUGAAGAUUGUGCUCUGCUAUAUGCCUACACCCCUCUCCCUACUUGCCGCCCUUCGGCCUCGCCUCGUCGCACUCCUGCGAGUCUUCCAGCCAUGCAGAUCGACCCGGCCGCUCUGAGUCGGUCUGACUCGGCGUCAAAUCCGGCAAAGAGUGCGACACCAAACGCUGCAGCAACAGUGAAAUCCUCCAGGGCCCUGAACUCCGUUCCGCGCCUUGACCUGGAGCAUGCCUACACGGAUCUAAAGGCCGCGAUCGGGGACCAGUGGGCUGAGUACAAGGAAUCGACCGCCCUAUUCUUACUUGGUCACUACAACCAAAAUGAAUACGCGUCGCGAGUCGAUUAUAUCCUAUGCGCCGAUCCGAAAACUGAACAUCUACAUAAUAAUUUUGUCUGCGCGAUUCUCGGAAAUCUCACGCGAGACCUCCCCGAUCAUGGCGUCGCGAACUGGGUUUCGGCCAAUGAUAAGCCUUCGAUGGUGUCGAAGCCGAUCUCGGGCGAUGCUGCAGAGCAGAGACUAAAGACUGAGGUGAUGCAGCUGCCACCAAGGGAUCGACGACGUAUCAAGGCAAUUCCAGAGCGCGACCCCAACGAAGUGAAACCUAGUGAACUAGAGGAAUACCACCUUGCGAAACAAAUUAAGCUUCCAAGUCAGGUCCCAGCAAGCGCUGGUGGAUUAAACAAGACCAACUGGGAAUUAGAAAUCCGAAAACGAUAUGCACAACCACUCGCCGCCGAGACUGGCGAGUUCCCCGACGCGGAGUCUAUCUAUGCCCGCAUGGUCCCCAUGUGUUAUGAAGAGUCCCUUCCCAGCGGGGCCGGCCUCCCAUGUGCCGAGUUCAUGGCGAUUGCAACAGAAACAUUUGUGAAAGAAGUCCUUUCUUCCGUCUUCGCGCGUACCCGAUCGAACGGUCCGUCUGGUACAAGUAACGGCAUGAUGAUGCGCAAGUACCGACAGCAACUGGAACGGGAAGAACUGGCUUUCACGCGCGGCGAAAUCGCAAAGGAUACUGCCACCGGACUGCUUCCCGUUGAAGCUCGAGAAGCUGCCAUUCGCAGACCCCUCGGAGUUAGGGAUUUGCGACUUACACUUGAGCUCAGCAGUGGGGUUCUUGGUCAUAUGCCGCUAAUCAUUGACCAGAUCAAGGGUGGGUACUUUGAAGAUGAGCUUGAGACCGAGAAACAAGAUCGACUGGAGAAUGAUGUGGGUCAGGUCGCUGAGGUAAAGACCGCCGAUGAGGAUGAAAUGGACAUUGAUGAUGACGAUGCGCUAUCGGACUGGGAAGGAGGCACUGCCGCGGAUAGAGGCCAGCUAGGCUCUUUGCUCGAUGAGUGCUUGUCUAUGGCUGCAUGA